GCGGGCAGCGCGUUGAUCGGGCAUGGGCACGCGAGGGGUGCCCGGCUUGGACACGGGGACACACGGGGCCAGCACGCUGCCUGGGGACCCCUCAGGCUGUGCCGGUGGCAGCCGGGGUGGAGCCUGCAGGCCAUGGCAGUGCCCGGGGACCCUGGAGGGCUCAGCCGGGACCAAGUGGAGCGAUGUAUGAGUGCCAUGCAGGCGGGGACACAGAUGGUGAAGCUCCGUGGCAGCUCCAAGGGCCUGGUCCGCUUCUACUUCCUGGAUGAACACCGCUCCUGCAUCCGCUGGCGGCCCUCACGCAAGAAUGAGAAGGCCAAGAUCUCCAUCGACUCCAUCCAGGAGGUGAGCGAGGGGCGGCAGUCAGAGGUCUUCCAGCGCUUCCCCGACAGCAGCUUCGACCCUAACUGCUGCUUCAGCAUCUACUACGGCAGCCACCGAGAGUCGCUGGACCUGGUCUCGCCCAGCGGCGACGAGGCGCGCACCUGGGUCACCGGCCUGCGCUACCUCAUGGCUGGCAUCCGUGAUGAGGACAGCCUGGCCCGCCGCCAGCGCACCCGGGACCAGUGGCUGAAGCAGACGUUUGACGAGGCCGACAAGAACGGCGACGGCAGCCUGAGCCUCGGGGAGGUCCUGCAGCUGCUACACAAGCUGAACGUGAACCUGCCACGGCAGAGGGUUAAGCAGAUGUUCAAGGAAGCAGACACAGAUGACCACCAGGGGACACUGGGCUUCGAGGAGUUCUGUGCCUUCUACAAGAUGAUGUCCACCCGCCGGGACCUCUACCUGCUCAUGCUGGCCUACAGCGAGCACAAAGACCACCUGGACGCCGCCGACCUGCAGCGCUUCCUAGAGGUGGAGCAGAAGAUGACGGGCGUGACCCUCGAGAGCUGCCGUGACAUCAUCGAGCAGUUUGAGCCCUGCCCGGAGAACAAGAGUAAGGGGACCAUGGGCAUUGACGCAGGUUUCACCAACUACACUCGGAGCCCUGCUGGCGACAUCUUCAACCCGGAGCACCACCGUGUACACCAGGACAUGACGUGGCCGCUGAGCCACUACUUCAUCACCUCGUCUCACAACACCUACCUCGUGGGCGACCAGCUCAUGUCCCAGUCGAGGGUGGACAUGUACGCCUGGGUCCUGCAGGCCGGCUGCCGCUGCGUGGAGGUGGAUUGCUGGGAUGGGCCUGACGGGGAGCCCAUUGUGCACCAUGGCUACACUCUGACCUCCAAGAUCCUCUUCAAAGACGUCAUUGAAACCAUCAACAAAUACGCUUUCGUCAAGAACGAGUAUCCAGUGAUCCUGUCCAUUGAGAACCACUGCAGUGUCGUCCAGCAGAAGAAGAUGGCCCAGUAUCUGACCGACAUCCUUGGGGACAAGCUGGACUUGUCAUCAGUAAGCAGCGAGGAUGCCACCAUGCUACCCUCUCCACAGAUGCUCAAGGGCAAGAUCCUGGUGAAGGGCAAGAAGCUCCCAGCCAACAUCAGCGAGGAUGCGGAGGAGGGCGAGGUGUCUGAUGAGGAUAGCGCAGACGAGAUCGACGAGGACUGCAAGCUCCUCAACGGGGAUGCCUCCACCAAUCUGAAGCGUGUGGAAAACAUUGCCAAGAGGAAACUGGAUUCCCUAAUGAAGGAGGCGAAGAUUCGGGACUGCGAAGACCCCAGUGACUUCACCGCGUCCACGCUGCCCCCGCCUGGCAAACUCGGGCACACGGCAGAGGCCAAAAAGAAAAAGAGCGGCAAGCUGAAGAAGGCGGCCAGCGUGGAGGAGGGGGACGAGGGCCCGGAUGCCCAGGGCGGCCAGAGCCGAGGGGCCACCCGGCAGAAGAAGACCGUGAAGCUGUCCCGGGCCCUCUCAGACCUGGUCAAAUACACCAAGUCUGUGGGCAUCCACGACGUGGAGAUGGAGGUGGCGUCCAGCUGGCAGGUGUCAUCCUUCAGCGAGACCAAGGCCCAGCAGAUCCUGCAGCAGAAGCCGGCUCAGUACCUGCGCUUCAACCAGCACCAGCUCUCUCGCAUCUACCCCUCCUCCUACCGCGUGGAUUCCAGCAACUACAACCCACAGCCCUUCUGGAACACCGGCUGCCAGAUGGUUGCCCUGAACUACCAGUCGGAGGGGCGGAUGCUCCAGCUGAACCGGGCCAAGUUCAGCGCCAACGGCAGCUGUGGCUACGUGCUCAAGCCCCAGUGCAUGUGCCAGGGCGUCUUCAACCCCAACUCCGAGGACCCUUUGCCCGGUCAGCUCAAGAAGCAGCUGGUGCUUCGGAUCAUCAGUGGACAGCAGCUCCCCAAGCCGCGGGACUCCAUGCUGGGGGACCGAGGGGAGAUCAUCGACCCCUUCGUGGAGGUGGAGGUCAUUGGGCUCCCCGUGGACUGCAGCAAGGAGCAGACGCGCGUGGUGGACGACAAUGGAUUCAACCCCAUGUGGGAGGAGACCCUGGUGUUCACGGUGCACAUGCCUGAGAUAGCGCUGGUGCGCUUCCUCGUCUGGGACCAUGACCCCAUUGGGCGUGACUUCAUAGGCCAAAGGACGCUGGCCUUCAGCAGCAUGAUGCCAGGCUAUCGGCACGUGUACCUGGAGGGGAUGGAAGAGGCCUCCAUCUUUGUCCACGUGGCCGUCAGUGACAUCAGUGGUAAGGUCAAGCAGGCUCUGGGCCUAAAAGGCCUGUUCCUCCGAGGCCCAAAGCCCGGCUCCCUGGACAGUCAUGCUGCUGGGCGGCCCCCGCCCCGGCCCUCUGUUAGCCAGCGGCUCCUGCGGCGCACGGCCAGCGCCCCAACCAAGAGUCAGAAGCCAGGCCGCAAGGCCUUCCCAGAGCUGGUCCUGGGCCCGCAGGACCUGGGCUCUGAGGGGGAGGCCAGCGACGCGGCACCUUCCAGCCCCGGCCCCACUCCCGAGGCCCCGGCCCUGGAGGAGCUGGGCAGCCGCAGCCCUCGAGGUAAGGCACCGGUGGAGAGGAGCCCGGUGCAGGUGCGGCCCCCGCGGGCCCCCGAGGGCCCUGGGCCUGCCAGGAUGGCCACCACCUGCAUGAAGUGCGUGGUGGGCUCCUGCACCGGUGAGGACGCCGAGGGCCUGCGGAGGGGGCAGCUGCCCAGCCUGGGGCCCGAGAGCAGGCACGCGGCCAUCAGCCAGCAGCCCCGCGCCUGGGCGGGCUCGCUGGGGGCGCCCCACACUGCCUCUGGGAGAAGCAGAGGGGCCCCCAAGGGCCCUGGGUCUCGGCAGCCGGCGCCGGGCGGCCGCGGCUUCGUGUCCUCGGACUCCAGCAGCCCAGGCAGCCCCGAGGGGACCCCCUGCUGGCCCGAGGGCGCCCGCAGGCAGGCGGGGGCCCUGCAGAGGGAGAUGAACGCCCUGUUCAUUCAAAAGCUGGAGGAGAUUAGGAGUAAGUCCCCCGUGCUCUCCACCGGUAAGCCCAGACGCUCCUCUGCAGUGUCCCCGUGGUGGCUCCCACGCUGCCCCCGCAUGGCCUGGCUGGCGUCCCCGCUGUGCUUCCGUGUCCAGAACUGUGGCCUCCGUGUGUUCACUGGCCUUCGUUUCCUUGUUCCAUUGGCUGGUCCCGUGGGCCCCUCAGCCCCCAUACCCCCCGUCUGACCAUGAUUUGCCCCGUAGGCCCCCAAUGCUCCCCAGGGGCUGGGAAAGUGAUUGCAGCUCUGGCCGCAGCCGUCCUCACCCCGGGCUGGGGAUUGGGGAGUCUGAGCCGGGUCCACUUGCCGAGGCCUGCAGCCCAGAGGGUGGCCUCUGGAGCCCAGCCUGACUGCCAGGGCCCGGGGGCCGCUUCCAGGCUCUCCUCCUGCCUCCCCCUGGCCCCUGGCCGGCACCGCACUCCUCUGGGGAGUCUGGCCUGGGUUCCUGGCUGGGGCUCAGGGUCUCGACGUAGAGGCCUCUGUUUGCAAAGUGUGAGGGGAGCAGCUUGACCGUGGCCCUGGGGACGCAUGUAUGAGCGGCUCUGCUCUGGAGCCCCCACCCCGGCCCCAGGGCUGGUCGUGACAGCACUGCCUGUGGCCCCUGGUCACAGGGAGCAAUCCGAGCCCGGGGAGGGCGUGCUGGAAGCUGGGCCACCCUCCCGCUCCCCCUCUGUACCCGCCCAGCCUUGCGUCCGUCUGUCCACGGCCAGCCCCACCCCGGCACUGACCACCCUCUUCUCCUUUCUGUCCCCACGCUGCCU